GGGGCGGCUGCGGCGGGGGCCGAGGAGGGACAUUUUAAAAGGGCCGGGGAUUGCGGGCAUCAGUGGCCAUGGCGGAGACUGCGGCGGCGGCAGCAACGGCGGAAGCCGCCUCGGCGGACACCCCUCCUUUCCAGCUGGGCAAGCCCCGCUUCCAGCAGACUUCUUUCUAUGGCCGCUUCCGGCACUUCCUGGACAUCAUCGAUCCCCGGACCCUCUUCGUCACUGAGAGUCGCCUCAAAGAAGCUGUGCAGCUGCUGGAGGACUACAAGCAUGGCACGCUGCCCCCCGGGGUCACCAACGAGCAGCUUUGGAGUGCUCAGAAGAUCAAGCAGGCCAUCCUGCACCCGGACACCAAUGAGAAGAUCUUCAUGCCUUUUAGGAUGUCAGGUUACAUCCCCUUUGGAACUCCCAUCGUCGUGGGCCUCCUCCUGCCCAACCAGACUCUGGCCUCCACCAUCUUCUGGCAGUGGCUGAACCAGAGUCACAACGCCUGUGUCAACUAUGCAAACCGCAACGCAACCAAGCCUUUGCCUGCAUCCAAGUUCAUCCAGGGCUACUUGGGAGCCGUCAUCAGCGCUGUCUCAAUCGCAGUGGGCCUUAACGCUCUGGUUCAGAGAGCCAACAAGUUCACACCGGCCACCCGCCUUCUCAUCCAGAGGUUCGUGCCGUUCCCAGCAGUAGCCAGUGCCAACAUCUGCAAUGUGGUCCUGAUGAGGCACAAUGAACUGGAGGAAGGCAUCGACGUCCUUGACGGCGAUGGGAACGUCGUGGGCUCCUCCAGGAUUGCAGCCAGACACGCGCUGAUGGAGACGGCCCUGACACGAGUGGUUCUCCCCAUGCCCAUCCUGGUUCUACCUCCAAUCAUCAUGUCCAUGCUAGAAAAGACAUUCCUCCUGCAGUCUCGGCCCCGGCUCCUCCUGCCCGUGCAAAGCUUCGUGUGCCUUGCCGCCUUCGGCCUGGCUCUGCCUCUCGCCAUCAGUCUCUUUCCGCAGAUGUCAGAAAUUGAGACAUCCCAAUUGGAGCCAGAGAUUGCCCUGGCCACAGCCAGUCGGACGGUGGUGUACAACAAAGGCCUAAGAGGAGGGACACUGGCUGGCGAGACUGGACAACUGGCUGGGUUUAUCCCUAGCAAUACCAUUGGCUCCUGGUUCAAUGGAAUGAGAGCUUCAUCUCAUCCACCACUCUGCCUUCAUCAUCCUUCCCUUUGCCUGUAUCCCAUCCAUCCCUCUGUCUUCAUCCCUUCCAGCCCUCUGCCUGAAUGCCAUCCAUCCAUCCAUCUGCAGAUUACUCCCUCCUUCAGCAAUCACCCCUUCAGGGCAACUACACCCCAAUAAAGAAAAAUCCUCCUUGAAGUUUAGCCUGUAUCUGGCAGGUGUCAGAAAUGGAAGCUGAGGCUGCAGGACCACCAGGCAGUGCUCUGGGCCUGAAGGAGAAGAGAUAUGGGCAUAGGCUAGGAAGUGAGAAUAGAGGAGGAAAGGGAGAGCCAACAGCCCCAUCCUGUGCUCUCUGGGAGAUGAUCAGCCAGCCCCAAUCCAGUGGGCUCCCCAGAGUCUGGCACUGGGAGAAACAAACCAAAUAGGGGAAAAGAGAAAUUCUGUUCAGGGGGUCCCCCAUAGGACCUAAAAUGGAAGGACCCCUUCCUGUGGGAAAACCAUAUAGCCAGCACCUUAGCUCCUGGCCUUGACUCUGUGGAAUAGGUUUCCCAGCCUCAGGGGAGCCUUUGUCUGAGAAAAUAAUACAGAAUACUGAGGAUCCUGGGACUCCCUGGGGAAGGUGGUUGGGGCAGAUUUCUGCAGAGCAGUAGUUAGGGUAGUGGGGGCUUCUCAAAUCUGCAGCCAUCCUCCCCAUCCUCCCUCCUCACAAUUAUCUUUUAUUUUCUGGGGAUAUGCCCUUAACUGUCUCCCUUUCCCUAUGGAUGGGGGAAACUGAGUCUCCAAUUCUAGAAAGUCCACACCACUAACCUGUUCUUAAUCUCCUGUGUGAGACCUAGAGCUUUCUGAGUGAGGGCAAGGGGCUACUUCUCACCCAUCAGACCAGGGGCUCCUUAAAGGUUCAAAUAUCCACCCAAGUACUUCCUGCCCACUGUACCCAUUCCUCUCUCCGGACUUGUUUUCUCUUCAGUGAAAUAAAGGAGUUAAGGAAAACGA